UGUGCCGUCAUCGAUUUUUCACGUCUACCCUGCGACGUCAUCACCCCGCGUGCGUGUGUAAGGAAAUGGCACGCUUGAUCCCCACGUGAGUUUUUUAUUUAUUUUUUUGCAAACAUUUCACGUUUGCAGGAAGAUCUGAGCCGAAAUGGCACCGACGGAUCAAAAAAUGAAGAGUAAGAAGUUCGCAGCGACAGAUGGCAGCUGGAAGAAAUCUAAAAACAACACACAGGGUGUGAAGAAGAAGAGGAAAUGGGUCCCCGAGAGCAAAAUAUUCGAAGGAAACCUGAAGGAAGGUCAAGGGUUUGCUUUUAAGAGGAAAGAAAAAGUCAAACAUGAGUACAACAAGCUGCUGCGUAAGGAGGAGAAGAAGACGAGGAACCCUGAGACCAAAACGCUGUACCAGGACGAGUACCCGGAACACCUCAGGCAUCUAUACGUGGCCGAGGCAGAGAAACUAAAGAACGAGGCCUGGACCAAUAGAAUGAACAGGAGUAAGAUGAGAAUGAAAGGGCACGAGAAAGGAGAAGAGACGGGGGAAAAUGACGCCGCUGCACACGAGAGUGAAGAACAUCCAGAUCCAGAUGUUACCGGUGAAUCUGAGCUGACGGAUUCUGUCAGUGGUAAGCCUGAACCGACAGCGGCCUCAGAGAAAGAAAGUCUUCCAAUGAGCAACCGCAUGAGGAAAAAGAUGCUGAAGAAGACGUCCUAUCAGAAGACGAAAGAAGAAUUUGAGUCAGUCAAAGAGAAACGGAGAAAAAAGAAAGAGGAGUACCUGAAGAACAAGCAGCAGAGAGAAGAAGCCGUUCAGAAGUACAAACAGAAAAAGAUGGAGACGUUUCAGAUGCUGAGCAAAAAGACCAAGAAAGGACAGCCCAACCUGAACCUCCAGAUGGAGUAUUUGCUUCAGAAGAUCCAAGGACCUAAUAAAUGACUCCCAAGGCAGAACUUAUACUGGAGCAUCGGUGGGGAAAGAGUGGACCAGGCCUGGAUUUGGAUUUUUAAAAAACACACUGUUGUGAACGAUUACCUGAGGACAACCACAAACACCACUCUUCUCAGUGGUGCUUUCUAUGUAAAGCGGUUUGCUGCUUUACUUCUGCGUUGUUGCUUUUUCUUUUUCCUUCUGUAAACCAAAAGCUGUGUCCCAUUUUAAUAUCUGGCCACAAGGGGGCGUUGUAAGAUAUGAAGAGAAGGGAAAACAUGCUCAUGUAAGACAUUUUAUCAAUAAAAGUUUCCUGUUUAA